AUGAGCAAAGAACAUUUAGCCGGUGGUUCCAUGUUAUGCCGACAACGAUUCAAGGGUGUCGAGAACUUUUUAAGAAGAAUUGCAUUUAACUUAGGCAAUACACCGUCACAAACCGAGGUUAAAAUUAUAUCCUGUAUACCAAUUGACGUCACAGAUUUGCAACAAAAAAUACUGCAUUUAGAGAAACAACUGGAUGGUGGUAACAGUCCAGUAGCAUCAGAUUCGCUUAAAGAUAGCAAAAAUCUGAAAUGUAACAAACAAAUCCCGAGCAGGCGGACCACUGUAAACGCAGCGAUUGUAGAUUCUAAAUUCCCUGAAGUGUCCACUGCAGCGGUAUCCUGCAAAUCGCUGGAUUGCGAUCAGAGUACGAGCCCAACAUGUUUACAGAAAAGAGGAAAGUCCAACGUUUCGUUUAUUUUUCCGAAUGUAGACCCUAAUGCUAUAUCCGACCAGCCAUUUUCCUGUGGCAACUCUGAAUUAUCCCAAGGUGCUGAAGACGUAAUAAAAGCUAACUAUCAAAGUUACGAAGCCGCUCACAAGAUGACUGAACCAAAACCAAGCUGUCAUCGGAAAACGUUCUUUAAAAAGAAAAAAAAGACGAUCAAAUAUAAAAAGGGGACCUCGCCAUUUGUUUACUACGCACAAACGAACAACAGCUCUCCGUUUACUAAGUCCGAUCAAACAGAGGAUCCAAAAUGCGAAAGUGAUGUUAUGAGUCGUUCAUAUUUGGCUCAAAUGAUUAACAAGCAAUACAAACCUAAAAUUAUAGGAGAUAACUUAUCUAUCUUAAGUCAGUUCUCAUCACCUGUCUGCAGAGAUGUCCAGCCGCGUGUCGGGGGAACUUGUCGAUGUGAGUCUGACAUAUGCUCCUGUUGUUAUGGCCCUUUCCACAACAUUGACAAUCACAUGAACAGACUGAUUAAUCCACAGACUUACAUGCUUAAUGCGAUCAACUUAGGUAACAUGUAUUAUGACACCAAACAAUACGACAUGAUUCCAGUGAAAGAAAAGCCAGUGAAAUUGAAUACAGAGUCGGCUCGAAAAAAAGAGCAGAAACCAUAUUUCGAUAUAAAAUGCUGGCCGGAGAGUAUACGCUCUAAGUACCACCACUCGAUGUACCCUAUUCCAGCGGGCAAUGUCUACAUGCCGCCAGCUGAUUGUGUGUUCAAAGAUAGAUACGACUCCCACGGGAAAAGAAUCCCCACAAAAAUGAAUCGUAUAGAACCGAUCGUAAGAAAACUAGUAAAACGAAGGAAGGAAGUUUACAAACGAGAGCGGCCGCUGUCUAUUGAGACGACGAAAAGUUGUUCUGUAGAUUUUGGAAAUAUUUAUUCUAAAAAAAAUUGCAAGAAACCCAAGAAACAGGAGAUUCGGCAAACUCUUAUGCCAUCUAAAAAGAACGCCGAAUGUUUAACUACCAACAUAGUAACUAAAAAUUGUAAUACCAUUGAAUGCCAGACAGCCACGAACAUACCUGCAAAUAAUCGAGCUGACGCUAAAACUGAACAAACAUUAAAUCAGAUCAAAGUUAUACUUCAAUCGGUUCUAGCAGAAGUUAAAGUGACUACGCAAACGAAAAAUCAAGUUAUUCGAGAUAAACCCAAGAAAGAUGCAGUCGUCCAAAAAGGACAGUCGCAUAACAACAUGCAAGGAUCCACUUUAAUGAAUAGUUUCAAUUAUAGCCCUUAUAGCACUAUGAACCCGUCUGCCUAUAUGGCGACGUGCUCGCGACAAUUAAACCCCAGUCAACUGGCAGGAGUUAUGCCCAAUCAGUUGUAUUACUCGCAUGAGGGAAUGAAAUGUUUCCACAACUUCCCACUGUUUAUACAACCUCCAGGAGGAAGACCCAUGUGUGCGAGCUGCUACCGCAACAGCUCUCACAUCAAAUCUAGUUAUAUGAAGCACGCGGCAACGAUUGCCACCAAUACCGAACAAGUUCAAGAAGAGCGUACCAAGGAAACAGAAAAACUAAUAAAAGAGAUAUAUAAGUCCAUGGCCUUAACUAUGGACUUACCGAAUAAAGAUUCUUCACUCAGCGAAUAUGAUGAAAUAUUAAAACCAAUGAUAUUAAAAUCAGAGCCAAAAAAGCAACCAAAAAAAAUUAGGAAUGUUGUACAAGCUGUAUCUGAAUUAUUUAUAAAGAAAGACAUGGUAGACACGUCAGACACCCUCAAUACAACGAUCGAAAGUAAGGUACUGUCUAACGAAGUGACCACACAAUCUCAAAUGGUGACAACUACUGAUACUUCUGAUAGGAUACGAGACGAAAGCUAUAACAACUAUAUACGCAUUAACCACACGCAACCGACGGACCCGGAACUACAGAGAAAAGUAGUUCGUGAAACCUUGGUGCAGCACAGUGAUACUGUCGAGACAGAGACAUCAAGUACAGACUAUGAUAUGGAGUCGACAACUCCAGUUAACGACCUGGAACCUAAACAAAAAAAAGAAAAGCAAGGUUUAUUUAGCAAGAUGUUAAAAUCUGUGAAGCUCUUCAAGGUAAAAGAAAAACCGAAGCAGAUGAGUGUAAGAACUGAGAGCGAAGAAGAAUCUACCAGUGACUCAGAUGAUUACCAGACGGUGUAUAGUCAGAAAAUUGAGAAAAGUGUUAAAAACCCGUAUCGGCCACACAACCUGCCAAAGCGUAAAACCCAUUCGAAGAUAUCUUACAAACAAAUAUACCAAAGAGAUAGAAGUCCUGAGAAAAAGAGGUCGCCCUACAUGGAACAGGAGUACCGGAGGUACUGGGACGAGAGGUUGAUGUUCCAGAAUAACAGAGCGCGCCGCUCCUCGGAGCGGAUGUACUCCGACCUGACAAAUGCCUAUCGUGCUCGCUACCAAACUUACGAAGCCAGGAGUGCUCUUAUUGAACCAAAGUCGACGAGUCCGAAAACUGGACGGAAAACAAACAGAGCAGUGAAUAGUGACAAUAAACUGAAGGGGUCGUCCAAAGGGAUGCCGUGGCUGCGGAAACAUAAGCCGGGCAUCCAUUGCGGGUGCGGCGAGGCGUGGAAGAAGAAGUUACUUGAAGGUUAA